GACUCCGAGGAGCGGUAACGGGGAAAGCUUAUUCUACUGUCACAACGCAAUGGAGGGGCUGGGGAAACCGCAUCUUUGUUUUAUUGCGUUCUCGAAAAAACAGCAUUAAUCCAUACUCCAAGCAACAAGCUGCCAGUGCCAGGAUCUGUCUGCUCUUCUUUUUCUCUUCCAUUGGACUUCCAACGCUUUUUUGAUUUAGGGACAAGCUGGGUGUGAUCGUCACGAACAAAGUGUGGUUUUGAUGGCUGCUAAAUCAGCCUUUACUUCUACAAAGAGAUCCUAAGAAAUAGGAGAGAGGAAAGUCUGCUCGCAUAUUCUUUUUAAAAAGGGAAAGAGCAGUGUUGUGGGUUUUUUUUUUCUCUUCUGUUCGGAUUUAUUUUUAAACUUACGAAAAAUGGCAACAGCAGCAUAUGUGGAUCAUUUUGCAGCAGAGUGCCUUGUUUCUAUGUCCAGUCGUGCUAUUAUCCAUAGUCCCAAAGGGGAGCCUGAUCCCCAACCUGAUGCAGCAAUACCUUCUUCAUCAAAUGGAGAAGAUAAGCGGGAAGUCAGAGAAACCGGGAAAGACAAUGGAUCAUCAUUACUUGUGGUAGCUAGCAUUUUAGCAGAUCUGAACCAGCAUGUCCCAAACUCACCCGCUCUAAGGAUGGAAAAAACAGAGACCUUUGAUAUCACAGAACAAAUACACAUUUCUAUUGCUCCUAAGGAGUUUGGGGAAGAAAAUGUGUCUUCGGCUGGUAAGCGUGGAGGAGGAAGAGCAGCCACACCUACUAGCCUGGCUGCAGUAACUGAGCCAAGCCCCAGACAAAAGAACAAACGCACGAGAAGCUGGACUGACCCUGGAUCACCCCAGAAAAAGCACAAAUGCCACUAUGUGGGGUGUGAAAAAGUUUAUGGCAAAUCUUCCCACCUUAAAGCUCAUCUAAGGACCCACACAGGUGAACGGCCUUUUGAAUGCAACUGGCAAGGAUGUAACAAGAAGUUUGCUCGCUCCGAUGAGCUGGCCCGCCAUUACCGCACUCACACUGGAGAAAAGAAGUUCAGCUGUCCUCUCUGUGAGAAACGCUUCAUGCGCAGUGACCAUCUGACAAAGCAUGCCCGUCGCCAUGCCAAUUUCCACCCAAGCAUGCUCAAGAGGCGAAGUGGAAGCAGCUCAAGAACAGGGUCUGUCAGUGACUACAGCCGCUCAGAUGCCUCAAGUCCAACAAUUAGCCCUGCCAGUUCACCAUAGACCUACCUGCACUGGAUGUCAGCACUUUGCCUCUAAUACCUAACGUGGAGUUUUGUUUGUGUUGCACACAUUUAAAAAACUCUGUCGCUUCCCCUCCUCAGUU